AUGCAUCUCACCAAAACCCUCCGCAUACCUCCAACACACGACUCGACAAUUUCCUCCCCAACUCCCCAACAUUACCAUCGCCCUUCUCCAACCACUCCCACCACCACCUCCACCUCCUCCUCCUUCUCCGGCUCCGGCCCAGCCACAGCCACAGCCACAGCCACGACCCUAUUUAAUCCUUUAAACCAAGUCAAAUUUUAUCAUAUCUUUUUUGAAUCCCGAUGCUCCCUCUCCCCCUCUUCUGUUCUAGUGCUAAUGGCCGUUAUCUCCUUGGACCUUUUUCUCGGAUUCAUGUUAAUUGAAUUCAUCUCAUUUCUUCGAGACCUGUAUCCUAUUAUUCCUAUUCCUAUUCCUAUUCCUCCCCACAUGCUUCCUCCUCCUGCUUUUAAGCGUUAA